CUUUGAAUACGGAAUCGUGUAAAAUGGCUAUCCGAAGGUUUGUGAAGAGGAGGAGAAGUCCGCUUGAAAUAUUUUCCGAUAACGGAACGAAUUUCGUUGGAGCCAGUAGAGAACUAGCCGCUGCGAUCCGAAAGAUCAAUGGAGACUGUGCCGACACUUUCACAUGCUCAAAAACUAAGUGGACCUUCAAUCCACCAGCAGCACCACAUAUGGGUGGAGUAUGGGAGCGGAUGGUUCGAUCGGUAAAGGUAGCCUUGAACACAAUCGUAGACGGAGGAAAACUCACGGAUGAGAUUCUAUCUACUGCUUUAGUGGAAGCAGAGGAUUUGAUCAACUCCAGACCACUGACAUAUGUUUCGACAAAUGUCAAGGAUGACCUGGAAGCUCUUACGCCGAACCAUUUUUUGAAAGGUUGUGCCGCCGAAUGUCUUCCACCUCGGAGUCAAACAGAACAAGUGGACGCUUUACGAAGCAGAUACCAUCGCGCACAGCAACUGGCUGACAAGUUAUGGCAAAGGUGGCAGCAUGAAUAUUUUCCCAGUUUAAAUAAACGCACGAAAUGGUUUGAAGACGUCAGAGAAAUAGCUGUAGGAGAUCUAGUGUUCGUACAGGAAGAAAAUAAACACGAAAGAGGAAUCGUCACAGAGGUCAAAGUCGGUAUGGAUGGAAGAGUUCGCUCAGCAGUUGUGCAGGUGAACAAUAAAAAGAAGCUGCGACCAGUGUCAAAAUUGGCUGUACUCGAAGUUGAAAGUGGUAAACCCAGCAGAAAUUAACCGAUGGAAUAACUACUGGGCUUACGGGUGGGGGUAUGUUGUACGCAAAUUCGACCACUGUGCGUCAGAAAAACAUUGAUGACGGAUCGAUGAUGAUUGAUAAGAUAGGUGUAGAAUUGUGUACGGAAUAGGUAUAGAAUUGUGUACAGAAAUUUGUGUUAGUAAAAGUAUGAUGAAUGUUUACACCAUUUUGUUCUGUUAUGAAUUCGGUUUAGCUAGAAAGAGUUUGUGAUCAAAUUGAUUUGGAGUAAUUUGAGUGAUUACGGGCACUGCCGCUUAUCGGAAAGUUUUAGCGAAACUCUAGACUGGAUCUGUAAGUAAAAAAAGUAGAGAAAAGGAUCAAGUGCUAAUAGGAAGCUUUUAUUUAGAUCGAGUGCGAGUGCCGUUGAAUCGACAGGAAUUACUGAGCAAAUUGAUUGAGUCCAUGCGUACCGUUUAAUGUGCUGAAAGCCGUGUAUUGUGGAAAGAAGUUGGCCAGUCUGAUCUCACGUGACGUAAGUUUUUAGAUUUAGUUUAAAGCAUAGCCUAAUAAGAAAAUUAUUUAAUAGGACCUGAUAAAAAGCAGUCGUAGUAGCCAUCGAGGAAGUAAUCUUGUGUGAAGUAGGAAACUUUGAAUGUAAGCGACCAUGUGAUAUGUUUUUUUUUGUAUCUAAUUGUAAUUCAAUUAUAGCUUUGAGUCCUUUUGAAUCCAUCACUACAAAG